UCCGCACGGCCGCGGGUGAAUUGCGGGCCGUGCUCAGUGCUUCAGGCCGUCUGUCCGUCCGCUCUUCGAGACGCGAUUGGGCCGCGAUGAUGCUCGAUGUCUUAACCCUGUUGUUGGUGCUCGGCGUCCCUGGGACCCGGCAAUUUGUGUCCCGGAGGGUUGCCACCUCCUUCCUGGGUCGGAGUCGGAGGGCUUUCCAAGUGUUUGAGGAGACGCGGCAGGGCCACCUGGAGCGGGAAUGCGUGGAGGAGUUCUGCAACAAGGAAGAGGCUCGGGAGAUCUUUGAGAACGACCUAGAGACGAAUUACUUUUAUCCGAAAUAUCAGGAAUGCCGCCGUCAGUACGGACCGAGAACCAAGCGGGGCUCUGACCUGGACGCCUGUAUUCACAGUAUUUCUGACCAGUGCUCCCCUAUGCCGUGCCAUGCCACUGGCUUCGACCAUUGUGAGGACAUGAAGGGAGGUUUUCGGUGCGUGUGUAAGCAGGGCUGGACAGGCAUCACGUGUAGUGUAGAUGUUAAUGAGUGUAAGUCCGGCAAUGGUGGUUGUGCUCACAUCUGUUCCAACGUGGAGGGCAGUUACCAGUGUACGUGUAGGACUGGCUUCACCCUGCUCCCUGACAAACACAAGUGCAGUGACAUAAAUGAGUGUGCACUGAAUGCUAAGCUCUGUGGAUCAGCACGUUGUGUAAACGCACAGGGCUCUUACAGCUGCAACUGUGGUCCAGGAUACAAAUAUAACUCUUCAUCCAAGACUUGCCUAGAUAUAGAUGAAUGUGAAGACCACAUCUGUUCAGGGGGAUGCGUGAACACGCCUGGCAGUUAUUCCUGCCACUGUGACGGAAAGGCGAAUUUAAAGCUGGCUGCGGACUUGCAGAACUGUGUGAACAUUUUGCCUUGUGUGUCGCUGAACACUGUGAAGAAUGAGGGGUCCCUGUACCUGGGCAGGUUUUUCCAAGGGAUUCCUGUGUUGCAAUUUAACUUCAAAAGGAAGCAGCAGACAAGGUUCCUGGUGGAGUUUGACUUCCGCUCAUUCGACAUGGAGGGCACGAUAUUCCAGGCGGGUCACCGGCAGAAUAACACGUGGAUCAUGCUGGCUCUGCACAACGGGAAGCUUCAGGUCCAGUAUUACAGUGCCAUUGAAGCUUCAGGAGUCACCAGCGGAGGCCCCUUUCUGAAUGACGGCCGAUGGCACACAAUUUCCGUGGAAGAAUCAACAAACAGUUUAAUUGUGAAAGUGGCUCGAGAAGCGGUGAUGAACAUUAUCGUCUCACAGAGCCUGUUCCAGAAGAUCCUGGGUCUGUUCCAGACGGACAUCACCGUCGGCGGCCUCUUUAGUGGAGUGCAGCUUGUUAAACAGAUCAACCCCAGACUUGACGCCUGCCUGCGAGGUUGGAAGUGGAUGAACAGCGAGGACACGAUAAGGGAGGCCAUCGAACACGAGGAAAGCAUGCAGUGCUUCUUUGAGCUAGAGAGGGGCUCCUACUUCCCCGGACAUGGCCUGGCCUCGUUCCUCCUGAGUUACGAUACCCAGCUGGGAGAGGGCACCAGGAGCUGGGCGGUGCACAUUUCUGUCUCUAUCCGCCCGGCUCAGGACACAGGGGUGUUGGUUGCUUUGGUCAACGAAAGCAGUGUGCCACUGUCAUUGGCCAUCAUGGACUGGAAUCCUGACACAAAGUCCGUCGUGCUAGCGAUCGAGAACGUGGUUGUCUACAAACUGGACCAGUUGCCGUUGUGUGCCGGGGACAAGCUAUCCAUCCAGGUCAUUGUGACUAAAGAGCGUAUCGUCCUGGGGGCCCUGGGCAUGGACGGGAGCAGCCCUCUCAGAAAGCCGCAACUUAGCGAGCGGCUGCGCACCCUGGACCGGUACAUGCGGGAAUCAGUACUGACCUAUCUGGGUGGCGUGCCAGAUGUUCCCAUAACAGCUACACCCGUCACUGCCUUCUACGAGGGCUGUAUGGAAGUCCUCAUCAACAACUACGCCCUGGACCUCGACGAGGCCCUGUACAAACACAAUGACGUGCGGUCUCACUCCUGCCCUCGGCCAGACUCGGCACUUUAGCCGAGAGAGGCACUCGCUUCAUCCUGAGCGUCUGCCGAACCAAUUGAGUGCCCCGGAUGUCUCGAGCUGGUUUCCUGUACUCCGACGACUGUCCGCGUCUGCCUGGGAGCUGGGAGAGGAGAAGAAAUGCAAAGCAGUUCGGUUGUGAAGAUGCUGAAAAGCCAAAGGCUCACGUUCUACACAUUACACAUCAGACUGCACAGACAUGGGUUUAAUUGCAAGCAAUUUUAAUUAUGGGAAUUAUUAGCUGCAAAGAUGAGUUGGGAUUGGUGUUGGUAGCUCCAGUCUGCACAUCAAUCAUAGAGACUGGCCUCAGCUUAAUUACAACUUAUAUACAACACUGUGCUAUAUCUUCAGCAUACACCUUGUAUGGUAUUUCAAAGUAUAUGGAAAGAUGCUUUGUAUAAUGAAAGUAUACUAGUCUGAAGUAUGGCAUUGGUUACCUGCUAUUUGUGUG